CGAAUUAAGCCGGGGGUGUGGAGCAGCCAAGAUGGAGCCGGUAGCCGGCAGUCCGGGCCCACUGAUCGUGAACAACAAGCAGCCCCAGCCUCCGCCACCUCCGCCGCCGGCAAGCGCACAGCCUCCACCUGGGGGACCGCGGGUCGGCGCGGGCCUCCUGCCCGGGGGCAAAGCCCGCGAGUUUAACCGCAACCAGCGCAAAGACUCGGAGGGCUAUUCGGAGUCGCCAGACCUGGAGUUUGAGUAUGCUGACACAGACAAGUGGGCUGCAGAGCUUUCAGAGCUUUACAGCUACACGGAAGGGCCAGAAUUCCUGAUGAAUCGAAAAUGCUUUGAGGAGGACUUCCGGAUCCAUGUGACAGACAAGAAGUGGACUGAGCUGGACACCAACCAGCACCGGACCCAUGCCAUGAGGCUUCUGGAUGGCUUGGAAGUCACUGCCAGGGAGAAGAGACUCAAGGUGGCUCGAGCAAUUCUCUACGUUGCUCAAGGCACGUUUGGGGAGUGCAGCUCGGAGGCAGAGGUGCAGUCCUGGAUGCGCUACAACAUCUUUCUCCUCCUGGAGGUGGGCACGUUCAAUGCUUUGGUGGAGCUUCUGAACAUGGAAAUAGACAACAGUGCCGCCUGCAGCAGUGCUGUGAGGAAGCCUGCCAUCUCCCUGGCUGACAGCACAGACCUCAGGGUCCUGCUCAACAUCAUGUACCUGAUAGUGGAGACUGUUCACCAGGAGUGUGAGGGCGACAAGGCUGAGUGGAGGACCAUGCGACAGACCUUCAGAGCCGAGCUGGGCUCCCCGCUGUACAACAAUGAGCCAUUUGCCAUCAUGCUGUUUGGGAUGGUGACCAAAUUUUGCAGUGGUCACGCCCCUCACUUCCCCAUGAAGAAAGUUCUCUUGCUGCUCUGGAAGACAGUACUGUGCACGCUGGGUGGCUUUGAGGAGCUGCAGAGCAUGAAGGCUGAGAAGCGCAGCCUCCUGGGUCUUCCCCCACUUCCUGAGGACAGCAUCAAAGUGAUUCGCAACAUGAGGGCCGCCUCUCCACCAGCAUCUGCUUCAGACUUGAUUGAGCAGCAGCAGAAACGAGGCCGCCGAGAGCACAAGGCUCUGAUAAAGCAGGACAACCUAGAUGCCUUCAACGAGCGGGAUCCCUACAAGGCUGAUGAUUCUCGAGAGGAGGAAGAGGAGAAUGAUGAUGACAACAGUCUGGAGGGGGAGACGUUCCCCCUGGAACGGGAUGAAGUGAUGCCUCCCCCACUACAGCACCCGCAGACUGACAGGCUGACCUGCCCCAAAGGGCUACCGUGGGCUCCCAAGGUCAGAGAGAAAGACAUUGAGAUGUUCCUUGAGUCCAGCCGCAGCAAAUUUAUAGGUUACACUCUAGGCAGUGACACGAACACAGUGGUGGGGCUGCCCAGGCCAAUCCACGAAAGCAUCAAGACUCUGAAACAGCACAAGUACACAUCAAUUGCAGAGGUCCAGGCGCAGAUGGAGGAGGAGUAUCUCCGCUCCCCUCUCUCAGGGGGAGAAGAAGAAGUUGAGCAAGUCCCUGCAGAAACCCUCUACCAAGGCUUGCUCCCCAGCUUGCCUCAGUAUAUGAUUGCCCUCCUGAAGAUCCUGUUGGCUGCAGCACCCACCUCAAAAGCCAAAACAGACUCAAUCAACAUCCUAGCAGAUGUCUUGCCUGAGGAGAUGCCCACCACAGUGUUGCAGAGCAUGAAGCUGGGGGUGGACGUGAACCGCCACAAAGAGGUCAUUGUCAAGGCCAUUUCUGCUGUCCUGCUGCUGCUGCUCAAGCACUUUAAGUUGAACCAUGUCUACCAGUUUGAAUACAUGGCCCAGCACCUGGUGUUUGCCAACUGCAUUCCUUUGAUCCUAAAGUUCUUCAAUCAAAACAUCAUGUCCUACAUCACCGCCAAGAACAGCAUUUCUGUCCUGGACUACCCUCACUGCGUGGUGCAUGAGCUGCCAGAGCUGACUGCAGAGAGUCUGGAAGCAGGUGACAGUAACCAGUUUUGCUGGAGGAACCUCUUUUCUUGUAUCAAUCUGCUUCGGAUCUUGAACAAACUGACAAAGUGGAAGCAUUCAAGGACAAUGAUGCUGGUGGUGUUCAAGUCAGCCCCCAUCUUGAAGCGGGCCCUCAAGGUGAAACAAGCCAUGAUGCAACUCUAUGUGCUGAAGUUGCUCAAGGUGCAGACUAAAUACUUGGGGCGGCAGUGGCGAAAGAGCAACAUGAAGACCAUGUCUGCCAUCUACCAGAAGGUGCGGCAUCGGCUGAACGAUGACUGGGCAUACGGCAAUGAUCUUGAUGCCCGGCCUUGGGACUUCCAGGCAGAGGAGUGUGCCCUCCGUGCCAACAUUGAACGCUUCAAUGCCCGGCGCUAUGACCGGGCCCACAGCAACCCUGACUUCCUGCCAGUGGACAACUGCCUGCAGAGUGUCCUGGGCCAACGGGUGGACCUCCCUGAGGACUUUCAGAUGAACUAUGACUUGUGGUUAGAAAGGGAGGUCUUCUCCAAGCCCAUUUCCUGGGAAGAGCUGCUGCAGUGAGGCUGUUGGUUAGGGGACUGAAACCGAAAGAAAGGAUGAUCUCAAGGUACUUGCAGUACUGUCCUAGUUCAUUGCUGCAGUGCUCCCAUUCCCCUCCAGGUGGCAGCACAGCCCCUCUGUGUCCUCCACAGUCUGUCCUGGGCUUUGGUGAGCCCAGCUUGACCUCCUGUUAGUUCCCAGGGUCCUGCUCCGAAGCAGUCAUCUCUGCCUGGGAUCCAUUCUUCCUUUACUUCCUCCACCCUCCUCUCUUGGACAUGGUUGGCUUUGGCUCUUUUCACAAUCAGCCCAAGGCUGGGAAAGCUGGAAUGGGAUGGGAACCCCUCUGCAGUGCAUCUGAAUUUCAGGGGUCAAGCUGAUGCCUCCUGAGACACACAAAUCCUUGCUUUGGCAGCUUGCAAAGGAGGAGGGUUUAGGAUUAGGGCCAGGGCCAGAAAGUCAGUGUCUUGGUUGUGUUCUGGAGUGGGGUGGGGGGUUUCUGAUGUCAUUCCAGCCUCCUGCUACGUUAUAUCCAGAAGUAAUUGCAGAGGCUCCUGCAGCUGCCUCAGCACUUUGAUUUUGGACAGGGAUGAGAUAGGAAGAGAAGCUUCCCUUAACCAGAGGGGCCAUUUUUCCUUUCGGCUUUCGAGGGCUUGUAAAUAUCUAUAUAUAAUUCCGUGUGUAUUCUCCUGUGUCAUGUUGGGGUUUUUAAUGUGUUUGUGUAUUCUGUUUACAUUAAAAAGAAG